AUGAGUGGUGUUGUUGUAACUUUAAUUGAAAAUGGUCCAGCUAUUUUAGGUGCUCUUAAAACUGGUGCUGGUCUUAUCCGUAGCUUUUUCCCAAACAAAUCCAAAGAUCUUCAAGAUGUUGUAUAUCGUGUUUAUGAAGAUGAACAACCAAAAGGAAAACUUAGAGUUAUCCUCGUAAAUGAAGUCACUGGAUGGAAUAAAGCUAUUAGAAUUUAUCAUGGUGGUAAAGGACAUGAUGAAUGUCAAGCAGGUGAUAGCACAGGCUCUGUUGCAAAAGGUAACUCUCAUUUGAAAUACUCAAUUCAAACAGUUGAUUUCCCAUGGUUGAAAUCAGGUGGUCAACAAUACAUUGCUUUGCAAUUAUGGAAACCAAAAGCAUUAGGUAUUUGGUACGAUCUUGAAGAAAUUAGAAUCACUCCAAGUAACCAAUCUGAUUAUGAUGGUAAAACAGUAGUCUUUUACUGGGGUACAGAUGGUUCAACUUAUUUCUAUACUGAUUCCCAUUUAAUUAGACCAUAUGAUCUUUAA